AGUGUCUUUCCCUACCUUACCUACGUUACCUAAGUAGGUAUGUAGGUAAAUAGGUAACAUUUGGCUCCCGCCUCCUGUUUUCGCAACCCGCAGUAGUGGCUACAUCCUCUUCAUCUUCCAUCUGAUCCAGACUGCCUCGUAUCUGAUUGUAUUGUUUCCUUCCAGCAAGGAAUCGAUUUCGCUUCCCGUGAACCCGCUUCCUUCUCCUGCCCCGAGGAGAACAAUCACCCCGGAAUCCGCACACCAUGACUUCGCAAGACGGCUCCCUCUUGGAUGUGCUGAGGUCCGUAAGCCAAGUUGACUGUGACACUCUUGACGUUGAUGUCGCUGCGGAGCUGGGUCCCUUCAGAGACCACACGUCCAACCAAGCAAUUGCAUACAAUGAGCUCACUAAGACCACCCCAGACGGCAAGCUGCAUCACGAGAAGCUCAUCCGAGACUCCGUAGAGGACGCCCAUGGCUGGGCUCACGCCGCAUGGCCAGACAUUGACCCCAUUCUCCUGGCAGUCGACAUCAUGAUGGUCCGGCUGUCCCUUCAAUUCAUCCCGUAUUUGACGGGCUACUUUCACAUUCAGACCAACACCCAGUGGUCGUACUCAGUUGAAAAGACCUGCAAGAACGCCGAGAGGAUUGUCGACAUAUUCAAGAAGCUGGAGCCCAACUUAGACACCGCAAGAAUUUGCAUCAAAAUCCCCGCGAGCUGGGAGGGAAUCUCCGCCUGCCGCGUCCUUGAGAAGAAAGGCAUCCACACCCUUGCAACAACAAUGUUCUGUAUGGAGCAAGCUGCAUUGGCUGCCGAUGCCGGAUGUACCUACAUUGCCCCGUACGUCAACGAGCUCAAGGUUCAUUUUGUCCCUGGAUACGUGGACGACCACAAGGCCUUUGAUUUCUGCAGGCAGGCGCAACUUUACUACGCCGAGACGAAGGCCAAGACGCAGGUACUCGCUGCCAGUCUGACAUCCGUUGCCGAGGUGAUGCAGCUGGCUGGCAUCCAGCAUGUCACCGUAUCGCCGCCUCUUCUUCGGGCUCUCGCUGCACGGUCGGCGUCGAGUUGGACGGAGCAAGUCGGCGAGUAUUUUGCGGCCGGCCCGGACCAACCCUGGGCCAAGGACUUCGAGGCAGCUCUCAAGGAUGAAAGUCAGUGGCGCAUUGCCUUCACUCGAAGCGGGAACGGAAAGUAUGAGGAGAAGCUCAUCCAGGCCAUCAAUAUCUUUUCGGACAAGCAGGAUGCCCUCGAAGAGCUCGCGCACCGCUUCGUUUAAGUGGGCGAAUGCCUUUUAUUUUGUGCCCAUGCACAUAUUGAAUUCGAACAUAUAUCUUCUUGGCUCAAAGUGUCCCUUGUCUUUGGACCAAUCUUACUUACCGUACCAGCCUCACUAAGCUUGUAUGAACCAUGAUGUCGAGGAGCCCACUACUGACUUACCUUGUCUUCCAUGACGUUGCCAGACACAUUCUGAACGGAUGAAAAUGCGAUCGCGUGAUAAGAGGAGGUGCUGAGAGGCGCAUCGGAUGAGUUCAAACCACAACGACGACAGAAAUAACUACAUCUCACCCGCUCUACAAC